AUGGCCAACCUACAGUAUGCACAGCUUCCCAAGUUUGAAUAUCAGACAAUCGAGCGUCAAUAUCAGACCUUCGACCGUCAAACUUUGCAAUUUUCAUUUUAUCCCGUCACUGCUACUUCUUCGGAUGGUCUGACAUCGGAUAAGGAUCAGGAUACCACCAAUAACGCGACCAAUUCAGAGGAAGGCCCAUCCCCAGAGAGUGCUCCCGUAGAAGAAUCAAGUAGUUCUCCCGUUGACGCUGCGCCUGCACCCGAAUCUGAAGAGUCACCUGAAGCGGCAGCUGCUCCGCCUGAGCCUGAACCGUCAGAUGAGCCUGCACCAGAAGCCAAGGAAGAAGCAGAACCUGCGCCAGAGGCAGACGGUACCGAGCAGAAAGCCGAAGACGCCGCCAACCCCGACGAGUCCGAGACGCCAGCGGCCACUGAAGAUGCCGCGCAAGACCCACCGCCCGAGGAAGGUGAUGGUGCCGCAGCGGCGGUAGAUGAAAGUCCUGCAUCGGAAAACAAAGAAGGAGACAGCAACGAGGAUGAUUUCCCAGAAUGCGAUCCAUCCGCGGAGCUCGAUAAGGUCGAGGCCGAGAAAGAGGAAGCGGCACGGCAAGCGGAGGAGGAUGCAAAAGCAGAAGAGGAGGCAGAAGCAGCGGCUGCUGCUGCAGGGGUUCCUGAUGACGUCGAUAUUGAUACUGGAAAUGCGAACUCACCUGCAGAUAAUCCUGACAGCGAAGAAGCUGCUCCCGCACAGGGCGACUCACCAACGGACGGGUCAGCAGAAGAAGAUGCGACGAAACCCGACACUGAGGAUAGUCCAGCCCCGGACGAACCCGCUGAAGAACAGAGCGACCCACCACCCGAAGCGGAGCAGCCCGUGGCUGAAGAACAAGCUCCUACCGAGGAACCUCCUGCCGAGGAGCAGCCCGCUCCUGAAGAGCCCGCACCUGAACCUUCUUCUGAGGAGGAACCCGCCGCGCCGACUGAGACGGCGGAGGACAACACUCCGGAAGAAGCGGUAGCUCCCGAGGGUGCAACUGCCGAUGACGUUUCAGACGAAACGACACAGGAAGAGCCUGCUGCUGCAGAAAGCCCAGUCGAGGACAAGCAAGAGGAGGCAACCGAAGCUCCCGCAGCGGAAGAAGGAGCAACUGAGACACCGGCCGCGGACGAAGCUGUAGCUGAAGAUGCUGCCGCCCAAUCGGCUCCAGAAGCACCGCCAACUGAUGAGGUGGCUCAACCGGAGGUAACUCCUGCGGAAGCUCCAGCAGAAGAAAAGAAAGAGGACGCUCCUGAAGAACCACCGGAGCAACCUCCGACUAAAGAAGUCGUCGAAGAAUCUGCUUCCCCCGAACCUGAGGCCGAAGAGCCAGCACCUGCCGAGCAGCCCCCUCCUGCAGAUGAGCCUGCGCCUGAAGAACCUCCUGCUGCUGAGGAACCGGCCCCUGCUGCGCCUGAAGCGGAGGAACCUGCUCCCGUUGAAGAGGCACCGGCAGAGGAACUCGUUGCUGAAGAGCCUACUCCAGAGGAUAAAUCCGCUCCAGUUGAAGAGGCUGCCGUCGAGGAAGCGCCUCCUGCCGAAGAACCUGCUCCAGCCGAAGAACCUGCUCCAGCCGAAGAACCUGCUCCAGCCGAAGAACCUGCUCCAGCCGAAGAACCUGCUCCAGCCGAAGAACCUGCUCCAGCCGAAGAACCUGCUCCUGCCGAAGAACCUGCUCCAGCUGAAGAACCUGCUCCUGCCGAAGAACCUGCUCCAGCCGAAGAACCUGCUCCAGCUGAAGAACCUGCUCCAGCUGAAGAGCCUGCUCCUGCCGAAGAACCUGCUGCGUCUGAAGAACCCACUCCUGUUGAUGUGGCUCCUAUUGAGGAGCCUGCCCCAACAGAAGAACCCGCGGCUGAAGACCCAGCUCCAGCCGAGGAGGCUACCGAGCCUAUUCCAGCGGGAGAUCCUGCCCCUGCUGAUGAGCCCGAGAUAGUUGAAGAAUCUGCUCCGGCUGAUCCACCUGCGCCUGUUGAAGAGCCGGCUCCUACUGAGGAACCUCCUCCAGUUGAAGAUCCUGCCCCCGUUGAAGAACCGGCUCCCGCUGAAGACCCUGCUGCUGCCGAGGAGAUUCCUGCUGAGGAACCUUCUCCUGUGGAAGAUGCUCCUACUGAGGAACCUGCCCCAGCUGAGGAGGUUCCUGCUGAGGAGCCAGCACCUGUGCAAGAACCUGCUGAGGAACCCACGCCAAUUGAAAAGUCUGCUCCAGCGGAGGAACCUGCUCCCGUGGAAGAGGUCCCUGCUGAGGAAUCUGCCCCUGUCGAAGAGCCUGCUGCUGCUGAGGAGAUCCCUCCUGAAGAGCUAGCUCGUGAGGAACCUGCUCCUGUGGAAGAUGCUCCUGCUGAGGAAUCUGCUCCCGUUGAAUCUGCGCCCGUUGAAGAGCCUGCUGCCGCCGAGGAGAUACCUGCCGAGGAACCUGCCGUUGUCGAGGAAGGCGCUCCUAUUGAAGAAUCUGUCCCAGUCGAAGAAGCUGCUCCUGUGGACGAAGAAGUCUCCGAAGAGGCUCCAGACCCGACGCCUGUUGAGGAAACCUCAAGAGAUAUCGAUGGCUUGGAGCCCUUGGAAGCAGCCUUGCCAGCUGUUGUUCCAGCCGCCAUAGCAGCCGAACAUGCACGCAGGAGAAAGAGGCGGUCCCCGGAUCAGGGACAGAGACGACAUUCGAAGAGUUCUUCUGAGGAAGUACGAAGAUCAUUGCCACGCCAGAAACUUGAGCGAAGUGGUAGUCUCCUUGAUCGGUGGAACAAAGCCCUCGAGGAAGCCAAGCGACAGCAUGAAGAAAAGCUAAGGCAGGAGGAAAUACGGAGUAAAGACAAAUUCCGUGCUCCAGAGAAGGCAGAGAGGGACAGGCAUUCCUCGGAGCGAGAGCGCCCUAAACGAAGCGAGCGUUCGUCGAAAGAAGAAGCUACCGUGGAUGUCAAACCCAGUCGACGAAGAUCCGAGCGCUCAGCCACGUAUGAAGUCGAGCGUUCUUCGCGGGAAAAGGCUGCCGUGACUAUCGAACCGAGCCGACGGACCAGAGAGCAUUCGAGUAGUCACGGAGGCGAACGUAGAAGUACCUCCUCAAGGGAUGGCCAUGCAUCGGGCUCGAAGCCGCGAGCCUUCCUGAAAUACAUGACAGCCGAAUCAGAAACGAAUGGUCCCCUUCUUAAGAUCAAUGGCGACAAAGCUGCUGCCAAUGUGUUUGGGCGUCGGUCUUCCACAAGCCAUUCCCACAGUCACCGUCACUCGCACGAAGGAAGAGGGUCCGACCGUUCCACGAGCUCCCAUCAUGCGGAGGAGGAAGAGCAGGCUCGACGCGAGCGAAGGGCACGACGAAGGGCUGCAGAAGAAGCAGAGCAGGCAAAGGAAAGAGAAGCGACCGACCAUCAUCGCCACCGUCAUGGUGGAGAAACCCGCCAUCACCAUCACAGACGCCGGAGAGAUGAGCCUCCAAAGGAAGAGUCGAAGCUCAAGAAUAUCCUCAAAGCAGUUGUUGCUCAUUAA